CGGGCGGCAUUGCGGGCCCGCGGUUCGGGCGGCUCCGGCUCGGGCUCGAGCUCCGUUGCUGCCGGCGACCUCGGGGCUGCAUCAUCCUCCGGCUUGGCCGGCUCGCGGGGCCGCGCGUGGCUUACUCAGCUGCAGCCCCGCCGCCGGCGCCCGGGGCGCUGCCGCGGCCGUGAGCCGGCGUGUUCGUAAGGGCGGCGGGGCCGCGGGGUCGGGGCGCGGCGCGCGGGCGCAGGUCUAUGUCGCGGGCGGCGGCGGCGGCGGCGGCCGCGCAGGGACGAUGCGCGAGUACAAAGUGGUGGUGCUGGGCUCGGGCGGGGUAGGCAAAUCCGCCCUGACCGUGCAGUUCGUGACCGGCACCUUCAUUGAGAAAUACGACCCCACCAUCGAAGACUUCUACCGCAAGGAGAUCGAGGUGGACUCGUCGCCUUCCGUGCUGGAGAUCCUGGACACGGCGGGCACCGAGCAGUUCGCGUCCAUGCGGGACCUGUACAUCAAGAACGGCCAGGGCUUCAUCCUGGUCUACAGCCUGGUCAACCAGCAGAGCUUCCAGGACAUCAAGCCCAUGCGGGACCAGAUCAUCCGCGUGAAGCGGUAUGAGAAGGUGCCAGUCAUCCUGGUCGGGAACAAGGUGGAUCUGGAGAGUGAGAGGGAAGUGUCCUCCAACGAAGGCCGCGCUUUGGCCGAGGAGUGGGGCUGCCCCUUUAUGGAGACUUCUGCCAAGAGCAAAACAAUGGUGGAUGAGCUCUUUGCUGAGAUCGUGAGGCAGAUGAACUAUGCAUCUCAGCCUGACAAAGAUGACCCCUGCUGCUCUGCCUGUAACAUACAAUAGCAUCCGCACAUGGCUGUCCCGGACAGGACUCGUGUAGGCUCGUAGGCAACAGUAACCUUGUCUACCACACUGCAGUUCGUAGGAUGGGUGCUGUGAGAGUCGCAGUGCACUGCAACCUUCAGGCCGGUGGCCAGCUGAUGCCUCUGAGUACCUGUGGGUUCCGUGACUACAGCUUCCACCUCUGUCCUCAGUCCUCUGUACGUCUGCAACCUGAAGGCACCACCGCCAAACUACAGGGUGACCUCGUUUGACGUGACAAUGGCAUUGCCAUUGAGGUGACAGAAGCCACUGUUGUGUAAACUAAUCAUGAGAGAAACCAGAAGAAUUCCUAUGAUCACUAACAAUUAAAAUAUUUUGUUGUCUUAAAAAAAUAAAUAAAGGAGAAAUAUUUUCCUACGAGAGUACUGAAGUCAGGAUCGGAUGGAGCUUCUAGCCAGUAUUCCAUCCAGUAAAACAGCACUGCAGGGAGACUCUGCUCAGCUGACACGUUUCUAGUUUCCAAAUUGAUGCCUAAUUGUAGAUGUUAUUCUAAUUUGUGAUAUGAAACUCACUCACAUAUCAGUCCUCAAUAGAGUAAAAGUCAGAACAAGGCUGUGUGAAAACCCAAUCUGGCUUUAGAACUUGUUGAAUCACCUGCUCUGCCACAGAACAUAGUCUCUCAUGGGGGUCUAUGAGAAUUGAAUCGCACACCCACCCUUGGGUAAUGGAGCAGGGAUGGUCUUUAUUUACUGAACAAGAAAGAGGCAACUGAGACGGAGAGCCCAGCCUUACUAACGAGCCUUGUAGCCGAUUAACCAUCGCAGAAGGAAAAUGAAGCCAUGUUACACCCACACGCUCCUGUUUGAGACACCCCACAGGACAGUACGAACAUCUGGCUUUUGUGUGUGUGUGUGUGUGUGUGUGUGUGUGUGUGUGUGUCGUGAAAGCAGCCUUUAAGGGCCACAGUUGCAAUGUGACCCUUGGCUCACCUGCUUUGGAAAUCCAGUUUGCUGUAGCACAGCUUUACUGUAGGCAUUUAAAAAAAAAAUUGAAUAACCUAUGAGAUAAUUUGGGCUUAAAAGUAGAGUAUAACUUGUUUUAGGGAGGGAAGGAGGGACCACAAACCCUCAUCCCUUUCCUGAAGAAUCAUGGAAGCUUUUCUUGUGUGCAUUUCGCCCUGAUAGCUGAAGGCACACACUGCCUGAGUAACUCUUUUGUUUCUAAAGGCUGCUUAAGCUCCCUCCGGCAUUUUUGGUUAUCAUGGCUGUGAAGUGUUUAUCAUUUGCAUGAGUAAUGGCACAGGAGAAAAAAUAAAUUUCUAUUCAGGAGUUUCCCACUCGAGUGUGGAAGGGUUGUUACCUCCCGCCAGAGGUGUAAGUGCUGGUGGAUGUCUUGAGCCUGCCCUCGGAAGAUGUGUUUGGCCUUCAGAACCGCAGUGUCGCUGAGCCUGGAUGCGCUUAGGGCCCACGCCUUCUUGGCUUCACAGUCUUGUGCAAGUAACCACUUAGUCUCGUGUGUACCAGAGAGAAGAGUGUGUUUAUGUGUGCAUGUGUGUUUAUUGUUCCUAAGAAUUUGGCACAAUUCAGAGGUCAUUGCCUCAACUGAGAAUCUAUACUGCAGAACAUAUUGUAUAAGCAAGCAUUUUUUAAAAAAAAUUAUUUGUCUCUUACAAGCCAUUGAAAUCUCCCUCACCCCAAGUAUUUAUUAGCUGGCUUUAAGUUUACAAGAUAAGGGGAAAGGUCAAUGGUGUUUGUCAUAUGUGAGAAAAAAUAAAUAAUGUGGGUAAAACCAGCUUGUGGGUGUUAGAGAGUCUUUGAGAAUUCACGCCCUUCAGCGCCAUUUUCUCCACUUAAGUUCCACAUUUUGUAGGACAGAAAGUCCUAACAGUUUCCUUGAAUCAAAGCUUAUUAUGUAAAAAUUGAUUUUGACUCAGACAUAUCGAAAAGUUGAACUAAAGAAGUAUGUACAUCUUAUCUGUUGAAGUAGAAAUGUUAGCAUGUUGACCUCUGAGGCCUCUAACUUCCAGAUAAAUCUAAUUUUUAGAGUCCCAUAAUGAACAGCAAUUUAUGAUAUUGUGUCUUAGAAGCAGCUGUACAGAUCCCACAGCUUUAUGUCAUGGAUGGCUGUGCAGACAAGGAAAGGGUGAAGGGUGAGAGCCGGGCAAGCCAUGAAGUGAGGGCGUUUGCCAGGCACUUGGGCAGGCUCUUCCUAAGGCCCUCGUUUACACCAGCCCUUCUCAGGGCUCAGGCACCACUUCCUCAGGCCAAAUGUGCCACACCCUCUCUCUGUUCCUCUGGUGCAAGUCUGACCAUUGUGUAUGGUAUUUGCUGAGAUGGUGAUAAAAACCCAAGGACAGGAAAAUGACACUUGUCAGCACUUGAAAUGGCAGGGCUCAGAGGAGAGUUGCCCCAUCAAUAUUUCUUUAAAGCCCAUUAUACCUAGCAACUAGAUAAAUGAAAGUUUGUUCUAACAUGCCUUAAAAAUAUGAUUUGACCCAAAGAUCCACUGUUUCUUUAGCUAUCAUUUAAUUUUCUUUGUUCUUUUUACUUUCACACAGAGCCAGGUUGUUUCAGGUUUCUUUCUUUUGAGGUGGAACCUGUGGGUUCUUUGAAGCUGUGGCAGCUCCAGUAACCAACGCCUUUGGGCUCCUCAGCUUCCAUGAGACCAGCCAGCAUCUGUUGGGAAGCCUUCUAGGUGUUUCCGUACACCAUGAGAGGUGCUUUGAAGCUCCCACCCUUUGCUUUGUAGAAUUAGGGCCUGACAGGGCACUCCAGUUGCCGUCACUCUCGGCGGUAAAACUACUGAUGCUUGCUUGCUUGCUUGCUUUCUAUGUUGCCCAAGGACCGCCGAGGGCUGUCCAGUGUGAGUGUUGGCUGCUGGUGAAUGUGCUUUGUCCCCCACUGCUGUUGGGUUGCUUAGCUGCUUAGUUUCUCCAUCAGUAGCCCCCCCUCCCCCGCUUAGCACUGGCUCAGCUUUAACUGUCUCCUCAGCCAAUCAGAUGUUAAAGACCAUGGGGGUCCUCUUGUUUAAUUUGUCCUCCUGUAUCUAUUAAACCUCGAUCAGGGUUUCUAGAAUGGCUGCAGUAGAUUUUGAAAACAGACUUAUCGUUAUCGAUUUGGGGUUUCCCAGAGAUCCAGUUCACAGUUAAUUGUUGAACUCUGAUACAACUGACCAUUUAAAAGUGAACAACGGCUUAUUGUUUUGUAACAGCGUCGGGUAAGCCCUGGCAUUUCAAUCGAAACAUGAAUUGUCACUAUUACUCAAUGCAAACUCAACAGUUGUAUUUGGAGUUAAAUUAUUUUAACAAAUAAAUUUAUUUAAUGAAA